UUAACUUUUCUCCGUCUUUCUCUGUUAAAUUUUGUAAUAUUGAUGAAAAUAUUGGAGAGAUUUGUGAUUCAAAGCUUUGUACUGCUACAUUUAUAGAGCAAGGGAAAAUUCUUGCGGUGUAAAUUUACAAAAACAUUUACAUUUUUAUCAAUGGUUUCAUUUUGCCAAACAAUUUUUAUCAUUCCGGCCAAUUAGCAAACAAGUUCCUGUUUGUGGAUUAAUGGUUUCAGAACCUUUUCUCUUACGUUUUGAGUCAAAUAAAGGUUUUGAUUUGUUUUUUUCCAUAUUCCUCUCUUUAGAUCUUCAAAAUUUUUGUUCUUUGUUACCUCAACCGGAGUUAAUAGAUGAUGAGGAAUUAUCAUAUUCUACACAAAAUUCUUCAAGAAAAAGAAAAUGUUUAUCAAAUAAUGAAAUGAAUUCUGAAUUUAAUUCUAGAACGGAGGAAGGUUUGAUUUUUGAUGUAAUUCUCGAUGUUGGCGCUGGUAGUGGAAUUCUUUCAUUUUUCGCUGCUCAGGUUGGUGCAAAGAGGGUUUAUGCUGUUGAGGCUUCAUCUAUGGCUGAUAGUUGCAAAUCUCUUGUCUCUGCGAAUGGUUUAAAUGAUGUAAUUAAAGUUAUAACUGGAAAAAUUGAAGAAAUUGAAUUGCCUGAAUCCGUUGAUGUUAUUAUUUCUGAGCCUAUGGGUUAUAUGUUAGUAAAUGAGAGAAUGUUGGAAAGCUAUUUAUUUGCUAGGAAAUUUCUUAAAGAAGGAGGGAGAAUGUUUCCAACACAAGCAAAUCUUCAAAUUGCAUUAUUUAGUGAUGAACAAGUUUAUUUAGAACAAACAGCUCGUUCCUCUUUUUGGACCCAAGAAUCCUUUCACGGUAUAAAUUUAAGUUCUCUUAAAAGUGCAGCCUUAGAAGAAGUUUUCCGACAACCAAUUGUGGAUACUUGGCACAUUGGGAUUUUAAUGUCGACAUGUAUUUCUUGGAAUUUUAAUUUUGAAAAUGAUGAAGCUAAACGACUUCAAAGGAUUGAAAUUCCUUUUGAAUUUAAUGCUUUAAGAACUGGUUAUAUACAUGGAUUGGCUACUUGGUUUGAUGUUGGAUUUAUGGGACAAACAAAAACUGUUUAUCUUUCAACAGCCCCAACAGAACCUUUAACUCAUUGGUAUCAAGUUAGAUUAUUAAUUAAAAAUCCUUUAUUUGUCACUAUUGGACAAUUGGUUAUUGGAAAGUUGUUAAUGUUGGCUAAUGACAAACAAAGCUAUGAUUUGGAUUUGGAAAUUGAAGUAGGAGAUAAGCGACAACAAAACAGACUUGAUCUAAAAAUGCCUCAUUUUCGAUAUAAUGGCCAACCAGUUUCACAACCACCACCCGGAAAUUCAACAGAAAAUCCUUUAGAGCAAUUAAAUCAACAUUUAGCAAUUGCAGUAGCAACAGCACAACAACAACAAUUAAAUAAUGGGAAUAAUAAUUUAAAUUUUUCGCCUGCAUAUUCUACAUGUUUAUAUACAAAUUCUUUGACUAAUUCAGGAGGAAAAGAUUAUUCAGCAACAACUUCUGCAGACAUUUUAGUACAAAAUGGUACUUUAAAUUGA